AUGGAAGCGAAGGUGAAGGAGGAGGUACCGGAUAAGGAGUACAACCAGCCUACGACUACUGAGAGGAGGAAAUCCGUGACGUCAGGCAAGGACAGACGCUCACCAGACCAAGAGGAGCCCAGGUCGUCGCCCACGCCUGGGCCACCUAGCCCGCAGAACAACGGCAUUGCUGCCGCUCUAUCAUCCACGGAAUCUUUAUCCCCACCACUUCCUGAAGGUUCUCGCUCCGCUCCAGCGCUGCAGCGCUUGCGGAAAUUCCUUUCAGCGCUGCAGCAGUUCGCCUCAGACGUCGGUACUGAAACGGGGGAUCGAGUUCGGCAAUUGAUAUUCAACCUUGUUGCGGGAGUAGUCAACAUCGAAGACUUCCAAGUCGGUGUUCAAGAGUGCACCAACUACCCCCUGCGGGCGUCUGUGCCGGGGUUCCUGCGGGCCCUACUGCCGCUGGCACAGAGGGACCUUCAUGCCAAGGCGCGUAGGAUGAAACAGACCCCACUUCAGUACAUCAGAUCACACGAGCAUCUUAUCUUGGAGUCAGGAGGUGACAGUAGCGAUAUCUUCGCCCCGCAGCAAGCCUGCAACGAAGCGGCGACCAAGCGGCGUGCGAGCGACCCGUUCUACGACGCUCAGACCAACGGCACGCACGAGGAGUUCCCACCCCAAGCCAAGCGACCGAGUCUCUUCAACCCCUCCCCAUUCUACCCCCUGCCAAGCAACGCGAGCCUUUUCGACUACAACCCUUAUCACACCUACCACGCGGCACAGGAAACCGGUUUCGAGAGGAGAGAUGGUGGUAUAACAGUGCGCGACGUAUCCGCCAUGAACGCGCCCUUCGCGGAGCCCCGACCGGCGCUGCUGAAGAGUGACGACGAGUGGAAGAACAUCAACACGAUGCUGAACUGCAUCCUCAGCAUGGUGGAGAAGACAAAACGCGCGCUGGCCAUACUCCAACAGAGAGGAGUAGAGCCGCCGGAAAGCAACGACAUCAAAAGGGCAGCGAGUGAGAUCAUGGCAACGGCCGUGCGACAAACUGAAGAAAAGGUGGCCGAGGUGAGAAGACGAGCUGAAGAUGCUGUGAACCAGGUGAAGCGCCAAGCUCUGCUGGAGUUGCAGAGGGCGGUGGGCGCGGCGGAGGGCAGGGCGUUGGAGCUGGUGGCCGCCGAGCGCGGGAAAUUGGAGCGCGGGGAGCGGCGCCACUCGCCGCCGCCCGGCCGCGACCUCAGCCCCAGUGCCGCCGGACAACAGAACUGCUGCUGGAACUGCGGCCGCAAGGCGCAAGAGACGUGCUCGGGUUGCAACGCGGCGCGCUACUGCGGGGCCUUCUGCCAGCACAAAGACUGGGAGAACCACCACCAGGUAUGCAGCGGCCGCGAUCAGAAACCAACCGCCCUCUUGCGGACCUCACCCCCAACAACCAGUCAGCAGCAACCAACCCUCGCGAAACCGCUAACCCGCUCAACCACGCCGAUAACAACCACCCAAACCCUCCCCGUAGCCACCAACACCGAGCGGCAAGACAACCGGCUGUCACUAACAACCCUGAACUCCGCCGAGAGGCUACUCACAACUAGUCUCACAACUCAAGAGAGAAGCUUAAGUUCAAGCUCUGAGAGGAUCGCACUGGCAACUCUUUCCACGGCGCAGGGACUAAUUGGAGGUAUUGGGGGGAAAAAAUGACGUCUCAAUAAGGACUUUUUGGGUAACACCAUCAAGUUUCCACGGAAGAUUAGGAGAUGA